UCUUGGGAAUUCCAUGGUAUUGCAUGACCAUGCGUGCUUGAACCGGUGCUCGACGUCUGCUUGCUAUGUGUUAUUAGGCCACAUUUAUCUUAUUAUCAUAACGUAAUGGACACAUUGAAAGGUUAUCGACAUCCAAAGCUAGAGGAGGCUUUGCAGAUAUGUCCUGGAAAUGAGGGCCAAGUGAAUAUCGCAUUCCAAGUGUACAUGGAUCUAUGUGAAGCAAAAACAUGGCAUCAUGUGGAACUACACCACUGUGGAGCUCUGAACAUGAUGUUUGUGUCAGCUCGCAGGGGUGAAGGUCAGCCGCGUGAAGUAUUCCUGCCAACAGAUGUCACCAUGGCGAUGUCACAAGAGGACAUACACACUCACUUCCAGCACCUGGUCAUUGGGGACAAACAAACACACAGCCUCACCCUUGCAGUGUGUGACUCCGACACCAGCACCGUGUACUACAAGUUGUCCGACACACUGCUUCCACCUGCCCCGCCCGAUGUGACAGAGGAGAAGAAGAGGAAGAGACAACAGUACUUCCAGCACAGGAGGCAGCACUUGUCUGCACAGGCUGAACUCUUCAGGAUGGAGAGGGAAGAAAAAUCAAGGGUGCCUGCCUCGGAGGGCACAUGUGACGUACAUGAAUCAUCAUGACAAAAUAAAGAUUCUACAUACA